AUGAUAAUAAGGUGGGUUGUAGUUCUGCUGUUUUCUGCACUAUUUGUAUUUGGAAUUAAACCAAAUUCCCCACGAUUAAAAGGCGAUAAUCCCACCACCGAUAUUGAGGACGAAGAAUCCGAAAAAAAGGAGGAACGGACUAGUGAUAGAUUAGUGUUGCUAAAUAAUGAUGGGGAAACGAUGGAUACAAUGAGUCAAAAGCAGUCUCCUGCAACGUAUGAUAUUACAAACGAUGAUAUUGAAAGAAUGUCGAACGCAGCAAUUGAAGUUUCAACAGUUCCAUCAGCUGGUGAUGAGUUUACAAAAGAAAAAGUGGCAGAAGGAAGCGAAACUGAAAAAACAGAAACAGAAAAAAGAGGAGAUGAAUUAUACCGUACUGCAAUGCGAUUUCUGGAUAAAGGGCGAGCUGCUUCAAGUGAGGCUAAAAAAGCUGCGUACAGGCUUCUGGAUGAAGCUGCCCAACUGAAACACAAAGAGGCAAUGAAGUUAACUGCUUAUGCAUACUUAUUUGGUGAUUAUACGCGGUGGAAUAUUGAUGAAGCACGAGCAAUAUUUGAAGAACUGGCAUCGGGUGGCUCAGCUGAUGCGCAACUGGCAUUAGGGUUCAUGCAUGCUACUGGUUUAGGUGCUACGGAAUCUUCGCAAGCAAAAGCACUAAUUUACUACACUUUCUCUGCUUUGGGUGGAAAUCCUUUGGCUCAGAUGGCCUUAGGUUACCGGCAUUGGUCCGGUAUCUCCGUGCAACAAAAUUGUGAGCGUGCACUUACUUGGUAUAGAAAAGUAGCUCAGCGUGUAAAUGAGCAAGUUCGCAUCUCAGGUGGUACAGCGAUGCAGCGAAUACGAUUGCCUGAUGAACAGGACACUGUCAGCACUUCUUCAUCCAGUUCGAUUCUCGACUCCAACUUGUUAAAUUAUUACAAGUAUUUGGCAGAUAAAGGCGAUUUGCAAGCACAGGUUGGUCUUGGUCAGCUAUACUUAACUGGUGGACGAGGAGUAGAGCAAAACAUGGAUUUAGCUAGUCAGUAUUUUUCAACAGCUGCUCAGGCAGGCAGCACCAAUGCAUAUGCAUACCUGGGCAAAAUGUAUUUGGACGGCACACCAGCGACACCGCAAGAUAAUGCUACUGCUUUUCAGUUUUUCAAAAAGGCAGCAGAUAAGGGAAAUCCAGUUGGACAGAGUGGCCUAGCCAUAAUGUAUAUGUAUGGUAAAGGGGUAAAACAGGAUUAUAUCAAAGCAGCGAAAUUGUUUACAUUAGCCGCUGAACAAGGAUGGGUUGAUGGGCAAUUAAAUCUGGGCUAUCUUCAUUUCAGAGGGCUUGGCGUAAAGAGGGACUUCAAGUUGGCCAUAAAAUAUUUUCAACUAGCUUCGCAGUCAGGGCAUGUCAAUGCAUAUUUUAAUCUGGCACAAAUUCAUGCAACAGGUACUGGUGUACCUCGAAAUUGUCAUACAGCUGUUGAACUAUACAAAAAUGUUGCUGAACGAGGACGUUGGUCGGAACGUCUCAUGGAGGCAUAUGCUAGUUAUCGUGGUGGGCGGGUAGACGAAGCUGCGUUUAAAUAUCUUUUCUUAGCUGAACUUGGUUAUGAACCAGCACAGACCAAUUUCGCCUAUAUUAUUGAUCGUGGGGAAUCGAAUCUGUUUCCAAAUGAAGAGGCAUUACAACGUGCUUUACUUCAUUGGCAACGCUCGGCUAAUCAGGAUUAUGCUUAUGCGCGCAUAAAAUUAGGGGAUUAUUAUUAUUACGGAUAUGGUACUCCUGUUGAUUACGAAAUGGCAGCAGCGCAGUAUAAAAUUGCUAGUGACCGACAUCAGGCUGCACAGGCGAUGUUUAAUUUAGGCUACAUGCAUGAGCAAGGUCUUGGUAUCAAUAAGGAUAUGCAUUUGGCCAAACGAUUUUAUGAUAUGGCAGCAGAAACAAGUACAGAUGCUUAUAUGCCAGUUAGUCUCGCUCUUAUGAAACUCACCGCUUUGUUCUUAGUGGAACAUUUUAAAGAGAAUUCUUUUGUGACAAUGCUCGAUUAUGUCUUCGGUGCUAACUGGGAUUUGUAUGUGAUAACGUUAUUUCUUGGUUUAAUAUUUAUAUUAUGGAUGGGUUACAGAAGACAAAGGAUUGUGCAUUGA